GGGGUAUUUUAGCAUUAAGUAAGGGACUUAUUUGAGGGAAAAUAUUGUUUUGGGGGUUAAUCGUAAAAUUUUAAAAAGUUAAGGGGCUAAAAAGAAAGGAAAUUUGGAUAAGGAUCAAGGCUGAUAUUUUUGUCCUCAGCCACGUGUUUUGCUUUUCUUCAUCUUCAUUUUUCUUCUCCCCGAUGCUCUGCCUCCCCGACCAGCCCCCCCUAAGCCACCGACAUCUUCCUCCUUUGAAAACCGAUAGAAGACUUGAAAUUUCUUCUUUCCUUCUUGUUCAAGAACUGAUUUUGGGGCUUAGAACUCUCAUUAAACCCAGAAUUUUCCCCAGAUCUGCUCGGUCUCUUCCUCCCCUGUCCGUCGGGUUCUGCUGGGUGUGGAUCCUUCGGCUUUUCUGCCGUGAGUUUCCCCUGAAUUUUCUGCAUAUCCCGCCGGCCUCCUUCCCAAACUGCAGCUCCGGUUUCCCUUGCUUGUAAAUUCUGGUUUUGAUCGUUCUAUCACCGUAGCACUUGGGUUAGCCUUCUGUUCUGUGCGAGUGAGGAAGCGAAACCGAGGACGGGAAAAUCGAGAGGAGUGACGAGUUAGAAGGCUAGUCAUUUUGUAAAGUGAAUAUAAAUUCGAGAUAUAGAUCAUGAUCUUGUAAAUUAAAGUUUAAUUGGAGAUCGUAUAAAUUCAUUUAGCGGAUUGUUAGUUUACAAGAAAUUUGACUUGAAGAUUUUGAGAUUAAAUUAUGUUGGACAUG